GAUAAUGGCGAUGACCGGUCCGAGAGCAUCCUUGCUGAGAACCAUGUGGAUGGCACCACGGGGAUCCUGAGCGGAGCCGGAGGGAGGAAGCCCAUGAAGACGGGCAUGAAGGAGCUGGCGGUUAUGAGGGAGAAAGUGAAUGAGCAGCAGCGGCAGAUGGGCAAAGUCGGCAAGGCCCAUCACAACCACGAGGAUUCAAAGAAGUCGCGGCUGUCGACGGGCAGGACCCCUUGUCAGCAGGAGCUGGAUCAGGUCCUGGAACGCAUCUCCACUAUGCGGCUGCCGGAUGAGCGAGGUCCCCUGGAGCACCUCUACUCCCUCCACAUCCCCAACUGUGACAAGCACGGCUUGUACAAUCUCAAACAGUGCAAGAUGUCAGUGAACGGGCAGCGGGGCGAGUGCUGGUGCGUGGACCCCAUCCAUGGGAAGGUGAUCCAGGGUGCGCCUACCAUCCGUGGGGACCCCGAGUGCCACCUCUUCUACACAGCCCAUGAGCAGGAGGACCGGGGAGCACAUGCCCUGCGGAGCCAGUAG